UGUCUGUUUAUGAGCGCCGCACCGUACCUUUCGCGUGAGUUUGAUGUGUGUUGGUGAAGUCGACAGUAAGAAGUUAUUGUGAUGGAAGAAGGACAGAAGCAAGAGAUGAAGCCUCUGCGGACGCAGACUGCAGACGAAGAGGAAGUCAGUGAAGGUAUUGGAUGUUGUGGCUGGAUUCUGGUUUUCUUCUCAUUCCUAUUUACACUUCUCACGCUUCCACUCUCCAUUUGGAUGUGUAUCAAGAUCGUGAAGGAGUAUGAACGUGUCGUUAUUUUUCGCUUAGGACGCAUGGUGCCAGGCGGUGCAAAAGGACCAGGCCUCUACUGUAUCCUGCCAUGCACUACCAGUUUCAUUAGGGUGGACAUACGUACCAUAAGCUUUGAUAUUCCCCCACAAGAGGUGCUUACAAAAGACUCCGUCACUGUCAGUGUGGAUGGUGUAGUUUAUUACCAUGUACAGAAUGCCACCUUGGCUGUAGCCAACAUCACUAAUGCAGAUGCAGCAACACGAUUAUUGGCACAGACUACCCUACGGAAUGUGCUGGGAACAAAGAACCUGGCGGAGAUCCUGUCUGAUCGCGAGGAGAUUGCACAUAACAUGCAGAGCACUUUGGAUGAUGCAACAGAUGCCUGGGGCAUUAAAGUGGAAAGAGUGGAAAUAAAAGAUGUCAAACUGCCUUUGCAACUACAGAGGGCCAUGGCAGCAGAAGCAGAGGCCACUCGUGAGGCCCGGGCAAAGGUGAUUGCAGCAGAAGGAGAGAUGAAUGCAUCAAGAGCUCUAAAAGAGGCCUCCAUGGUCAUUGCCGAAUCGCCAUCCGCACUACAACUGCGUUACCUGCAGACACUCAACACCAUUGCAGCAGAGAAGAAUUCUACCAUCAUCUUCCCUCUGCCUAUUGACCUGCUGCAAGCCUUCACGGGAUCCAGGAAGUGAGCUGAAGUACUGACGUGUUCUCCAACAGUGACUGGCCAACGUGUCGCCUGCUUGCUUUGGUAAUUCAGUAUGUAAAGUACAGAGUAUUAGCCAAAGUGUUCUUGGGGAGUCUUGUUUUAUUCUAAAAUAGGGGAGCAGGGCCUAUUUCUGCUAAAAGACCCUGGACUAAACUGUGUUGCUACUGUUGGUUUUUAAUAAUCUGAAACACCCCCAUGACUUUUAACUGCAUGCUGGUAAAGAAUAAUUUUUGUUUUAGUUUAAAUUUUUUUACUCUUUUUUUACUAACUUUUUUAAACAAUUGUUGUAUAGCAAAUAUGACAAUGUAAAUUUAUUAUGACUUUUUAAAUGUAUUCUUUAUAAUCUCUAACAGGAAAAACAUGAGCCCCUUAGCUUUGCUUCACACAAUUAUAAGAUUCAGUGUUAAUGAAAUUAAGGAUUUGUUGGGGGGAAAAAAUAUGCAAAUGUUAAGAGAGGCCCAUGGACACUACUCCAGUUCAAGAAACUUCUAAACCAGUAAAGAUCUGGAAGGCCAAUGUUGAUUAGCAUUACUAUUAUAGUUAUAUUAGAAACAUUAAAUACAGGACAUAUCAAUUGUC